UAGAGGUUGUAUUUAGGAAUACGAUAAAUUAUUUUAGAUAUAUGUCUUUGUUGGAGGCAAUGACAAAUAUGUUUAAGAGCUGACAAUAUUAAUGAUUUAGUAAAAUUUCCGACGAAAUGUGAAGUCGAAAGUUUUUAUUUUUAUGUGUGUAUAUGUCCGGUGUACAAAACUGUGGCAUGUCUAUAAAUUAUUUUGUGAAACUGAAAGUAUGACGCUUAGAGAAUCCCGUUUUUUCGAGUAUUGUGUUGUAUUCUUAUGAUUUUGUGUAGAAAAAGCAACACAUUAUGAAGACUGUGCGUAAGAUGCACACAGGUCUACAGAAUUGUUCAUGUACAUCUUGUAUAUAUAAAUCUGGAUCAGAAAAUGCUUCUGUCAAACGUUUUAUGGAAUUUGGAUCUCGAAUAGAUCGCCUCUAUUUCGGCAAGUAUAUUCCGUUACGAGAAAGGAAGCUCCUUGAAAGAUUAGUUAGAACUAGAGCAGAGUAUGAUGAUAUACGAGCGAGAUUGAUUUCUGAUAGUACUCAUAGUCUUAGUACAAAAGCGACGAAGAAAUCAUCAAGAGAAUUGGAUGACGUGGAAAAAGGGAGCGCGGCAAUACUUGAAUUAGUCAAUCUUGUCGACAAAGGUGCUACUUUAGGACUAAGCGAAUGUUGUAGCUGUUGUAGUUGUGAUUCUAAAGGAAUAAGGGGAAAUGUAAGACAUAUGCGACGUGGUCAUGGGCUCGAACGAAGAGUAUUCAAAGAAGAAAGAAUAGCUGAAACACAUCGAAGAAGAAAAGGUGUGCGUUUUAAAACAAAACACAUAAAAUCAGAUCCAUGCACGUGUACUUUAAAAUUGAGUUCGCAUCUCAAACAUCAUGCGACUGAAGUUUUUAGAAGAAAGCACCAUCCUGAAUCCACUGAAUUCUAUACGACAACGGAUGAAGAAAGGCAACAUAAACAAAGAAGAGUGCGAGAUUUUGUACAUAGGUCUUAUGAAAACAUCAAACAUGUCAACAAAGAAAUGGAGCAAAAAUUCUUAGAAGGAGUUAAAAAGGUUAAAGAAUCAAAGACAAAAAUACAAGAAAAUUUAAAUCUGGACACUCAGUAUUCUGCAGUUCAGUUAAAGAAAGCACGAAAAAGCUUAAAAUCGAAGGUUAGAGGAGAUGAAAAGAGACAAUCAUACAAAAGUGAUCUUCAAUUAAAUGAUCUUUUAGCUAUUUGUAUGUGUUCAGAAGAUGAAAUUUUUGAAAAGCCACACGAGUCACUAUUAAGCGUUUACACCAGAAAAUCAAAAGAAAAAUUUGUGGAAGCUAAAGGAAAACUUAAAUCAGUAGUUAAAUCUACAGUUAGUCGAAAACCAAAAGUUAAGAAAGUUGCGACUAAAGGUUCCCAAAUUGAAAUAGCUCCGGAAGAAACUUUAGGUGCCCAGUUGAAAAAACAGAGUGUUAUAUGUAUCUGUCCAGAAGACAAAAGCUUAAAAAAGUCACUUAAAGAAUCUUCAUUUAGUAUCCAUACUAAAAGAUCAAAAGAAAAAGUAGUGGAAGCUAAAGAAAAACUUAAAUCAAUAGUCAAAUCUACAGUUAGUCGAAAACAAAAGGAAAGAAAAAUUUCAUCUAAAGGUUCACAAACUCAGAUUGCUCCUGAAAAUAAUUUAGCUGCUCAGUUAAAAAAAGAGAGUGUUAUUUGUAUCUGUCCAGAGGAACAACCGUUUAAAAAGCCACGUAGAGGAGGAGGGAGAAAAAUUUCAACUAGGACUUCUGAAACACAAUUUGCUCGAGGCAAAGACUUAGCAUUCCAAGUUAAAAAAGACAGUCUUGAGAAAUUUAAGGAAGAUCUUAUACGUAAACAAAUAAUGAAAGAGUGGGAGUGUGGUCCCGAAUGCAUUGAAGGUCCUUGUGACCCACAGGAGUGUCUUAUUAAGCUUGAACGUAAGCGUAAAAAUAAAGGUGUUACACAUAGAGGUAUUGAAUAUCGACAAGUUGGCCUUCAAAAAACGUCUGGCCCUGUUAUACAACAAAAACAUGCUAAAGUACAAGAAGAGUUAAUGUUUCUUCCGCCGAAAGGUAAACAAAAACCUAUCUUACGCACUCAGCAAGCAGGGGGCCAAGCAGUUCAAAUUGCAAGUGGUGGACAAUUUGAUAUGAAACAAAAAAAUAAAAUUAUUAGUAAGAGAGAAAGGGUAGAUAAAAGAAUGUCUACUAAAAUUGUUAAGACCCCUGAGAAAAAACCAAGUUCCCGACAAGGUGUACGAAUAAGUUCAUCAUUUUCUUUAAAAGUUCAGUUUUAUAAGGGUACACCCAAUGCAGAGAUUUCUAAACCAAAUGAAACUGCUACAAAGCAAAGCGCGUCAGGAACAAAUAACAAAAUAAUUAAACAUCCAAAGGUUUUCCAUGAGGAGGGAAUUAGACAAGUCGUUACGAAACAUUCCUCUAGAGAUACACAAACUCGAGCACGUUCAUUAAAACGCUGUUUUUGCACCUUAAAACUAAAGUCCAAAGCAAAAAACAGAAAAAGAAACAAACCACGCGAAAAAUCCAUUUUCACUGAGACUUCUUCCGUCACACAGUGUAAUAUAAAUUGCUCAACCGAAAUGUGUGAACAAUUGUUAUGUGAAAAACUGUACAAGAAAUCCAGCAAAGUUCAAACUACUAACCCAAAAACAAAUAGACAUGAAAAAAAGUUUAAGUCACCACAGCUUCUUCCUUACGAAUGUGAGCCUGGUGUUUGUAUUCCAGAUGAAUGUGAUCCAUAUCAAUGCAUUCAACUUAUUAAUUUGAGAGAAGCGAAAGCUAGAAGACGUUCAAUACCUUGUUCUACUUGCACAUCAAGAAAAACAAAAUCUACCUCAACUAUAACAUCAAAAUCUAACAAACUCUCGAAAGCAAAAUUUAUACAAUCAAUGUAUUCAUAUAAUGCUGCUUCUAAAAGAAAUGAAACAACAUUUAAAAUACAACAAAGAAAUAUACCUCAUACGAGUGGCCGACAAGCUGUGCGUAUUGCAUCCUCCUUUAGUUUUAACAUUGAAUUUCAUAAAAAUAAGCCCGGAGAAUAUUUAUCACAUCCACCAGAUUUGAAAACUAUUUCCGUUCAACCUCAAUAUAGAGCAAUUCCAAAAAGGAAGAAAGCCAAAGUACAGGCAUUUCAAGAAGAUGCAAUUGGUUUUCACCAAAAUAUGCCAACACAAAUGUAUAGAAAGGCAAAAGAUGUAUCUAUGAGUACCGCUUUGAAGAGGUGUUUUUGUACUUUAAAAAUACAAAAGAAGGAGCACCUUAAAAUUAAAAAGAACAAAAUGCUCACUGUUGGCACUAAAACUGUUGAUGAAUUGUAUUUUAAUACAGAAACCUCAAAUAAAGCGACCAAAACUAAAAAAAAAUAUAUGAGAUCACUCGAACCAUAUGAAUGUGAGCCUUUUACGUGUAUUCCUGGACAAUGCAAUCCUUAUGAGUGUUUGGAAAGAAUUAAUAGACGCCAUUUAAGAGAUGUCGGAGUAAGUUCUUUAAAAUAUCCAGAUGUAAAUAGAGGUUCAAGUACUUCGGAAAAAUCAUAUAGAUCUGAACUCACUCAAUUAAAGCCGAAGUUCAAACCGAAAAAAGUCUCAACAAAGGGGAAAAAAUUAAAACAAGCCCCCAAAGUUACUAUGGCUUCUGUUGAAAAUUAUUCAAAUUAUUCUUCAAGUGCUCGAUCCAGACAAGCAGUAAGGAUAAGUUCGACGUUCAGUUUCAACGUUGAAUUUUACAAAAACAAACCGGACAAGGAUGUUAUAACCGAUUAUCAAAUGCGUCCUGCCUCAAAACUGGACUCUAGACCUGAUACCAAAAAUCAAGGUGUCAAAAUUAAAAAAUUAAAUGUGGCGAACUUAGACACACAGGUGAAUUAUAAACAACGUAAUAAAGCUUCAGCAACAAAGCCACUAUUAAAGAGAUGUUUUUGUACUCUAAAUUUGCAAAAACGAAGAGGUUACGUUGUUCCACCGAAUGUUUAUACAGUAAACACAGCUAUGAUAAAAGAAAACAAAUUUUCAAUUUUUAAGCCACAUCGCAGUAAUUUCCCAAAAAUUUCAAAUAGUGCAAUGCCAAAUGAAAAAAUUUACAAUCUGAGUCACUGCCUCAUAAAUUCGUUAAGCAAAGGCAAUAGUGGUAAAAAUAUUGAAAAAAUAUCAUGUAAAAGAUGCUAUUCCAUGAAUGAUUGCAAACACGAAGCAUUGGAACUAAUCACACAAACACGUCUGCCAAAAAAAGAUUUAAGAUGCAGAAAAGUAUCACACGAACAGUUUUCGACAGCUAAUACAAAUUUAAAAAGAUAUGUGUCGCUAGUCAAUCAGGAAAGUAUUACAUAUACCUCAACAAAUUAUAAAAAAAGGCAUACAGCUCUAGAAAGAAUUCCAUAUAUGAAGGGUUAUUUUUGCACUAUGAAUUUACAAGUCCAAACAAAUAACAUGAUUAUGAGAAAUCAAAAAAGAAGCAAUAGAUAUAGGAAACUAAAACCAUAUGAAUGUGAACCAGGAGUGUGUGUACCAGGAGAAUGUGAUCCUUAUGAAUGUUUGAAAUUAAUAUCUAAAAGAGGUUCCAAUUUUACCAGAAAAACUGGAACCGAGAACAUUGUUGCAUCUGAAUCAAGUUACACAAAUUUGUCACCUAAAUACAGAUCAUAUAAAAUGCAAUCUUUGUCUCAAAAGAUAACAAAACCUCAUUUAAUUCAACAUGAAGAUCAAUAUAGCUCUGGCUCUAAAAAAGCUGUUAGACUUGGAUCUAAAUUCAGUUUUGACAUAGAAUUUUCUAAAAACUCUCCUGGGGCUCAGAUAGAUCAUCAUAUUACACCACAUACGCUUUCUAAAACGGAGUUUAGACAUCCUAGACGAUUAUCAAAAAUAACAGGAAUCAAUAAAAUUCGCUAUAGAGAUCGCCAAUCGCAAUCAACGUUAGGUAAAACCUUUCAAAAAGCUUCUGCAACGUUGCCAAUAAUGAAACGAUGCUUUUGUACUUUAAAAUUACAAAAGAAAGGUAGGUUAUUGAGGCAUGACUUUAAGAAUCCGACAGAGGCAUUGCAAACAGAACCAAUAACACCCCAAUUAAUAACAACGGAUAGAGGUCAAAAUACUGCAAAAUUAAAACCUACAAAACUGCUCCAUGCAUUAGAACCUUAUGAAUGUAUGCCAGGUAUGUGUUCGCCAGGGGAGUGCAAUCCAUAUGAAUGUUUAGAAAUAAUGAACAGAAUGAAACGUAAUCAAACAGUUGAUUUCGGAAUUAACGCAUUAGGACCAAGAUCAAAGUCUGCCGGAAGUAUGUAUGAUUUUUAUAGAAAAAAUAAAAACAGAGGAGUGAACGUAAGACAUAAAGUUGCCAAUAGGCCAACAUUUUUCGAGGGAAGGCACAGGCAAAGAGAUCGACAAGUUCAUUUGAUGGAACCAGAAAGACAAGCGGUGCGUAUUAGUUCAAGUUUUAAAUUUGAUAUAGAAUUUCGUAAAGGUAAUGCAUCGGCACAUCCAGAGGAUUAUAAAAAUGCAAAGGAUUCAAGAGAGAAUCAUAUGCCACAUUUUAAGAAACGUUUUGUGAGAAAUAGGCAAAGUUCAUCAGAAACGCUAUAUCCAAAACAUCACAAGAAAUUACAAAUUAAAGAUAAAGUACAUGCUGCCUCUACUAUGACUACAUCGUUUAUGAAAAGGUGUUUUUGUGUCCUCAAAUUGAAAAAGAAGAAUAGAGGUAUUAUGAACGAUAUUAAUGAAGAAAAAUUUCCUAAACCUGUAUAUAUUGAUAAGAAAAUUAAUACAAGACACUAUACGGAACCGGUUCUGCAGCUUGAACCAUACGAAUGCGAACCUGGUAUUUGUAUACCAGGAAAAUGUAAUCCUUAUGUUUGUGAAAAGUUAAUUAAACGGAGGCUUCAAUCAACGGCAUCUGGAACGCCUCUAAGAUUUACAAGAUCCGUAUCAAGCAGCUCGCCAAGAUCAUAUAUGAGAAAUGUCAAUACGCAAUUACACCCAAAAAGAAAAUUUGGAGACUUAAAAAGACAGGUCUAUACAAAAACAAGAAUCCAGGAUUCAAAUCGGCAAGUUGUAAGAAUUGGUUCCAAUUUUAGGUUCGAUAUCGAGUUUUAUAAGAAUAAACCAUCAAAUGAAAUCAAUGAUUAUAAUCCAAAACCGCAUACAGACGAGCGCCUACACUUCGAACGGAAAAGGAGGCAAGGAAGAAAUAUGGGGACACAUGGACAUUCUCCUUCCUUUAGGUCUCAUUCUUCACAAACAUAUGUAAAUAGAAGAGAUUUUGGCGCAGGUUUAAAUAAUGUACUUAAACGAUGUUUCUGCACUUUACAACUUUAUAAUCAACGUUCGAAAAAGUAUAUGGCAAGGAAACCAAGGAAUGCGAUUAAAAAUGAAGUUCACUCAAAAAGUGUAAUGACUGCAGAAAGAAAUAAAUUAAAUUUUAGGUCUUUGGAACCAUAUGAAUGUGAACCUAAUUUUUGCAUACCAUACAAAUGUGAUCCCUACGUAUGUGAACAAAGAAUCAAGUUAAGACAGAGAAAAAAUCUUCGACAAACAGGCAUGUCAACUGAACUUUCUACACAAUCUGUUGGAAGUUACACUAGACCUUUUGGACGAUCUAGAAGAGGAACGCAAUCAAUUGUAUACAAAAAUAGAGAUAAAUUUAAAAGACCGAAAACUCAAACUAUUCAUAACACGCAGUCAAAGCAAUGUGUAAGAAUUGGGUCGAGUUUUAGUUUCGACAUAGAGUUUUUCAAAAAUAAGGGAGGCGGCCUACAAUUAGAUCAAAAACCUAAACAUUUCCAACCAAGACAAUCUUUUAAACAAUUCGCUAAAGGCCCUCGCAGAAUUAAGGCGAGAAAUAAAGGCUUUCAAUACAUGACACCUUCCCAUGGUAUGGAGUCUCAAGUAAAUAAUAAAUUUACAAAAACACAGUCAACCAUGGCCCGUUUCGCACAACCUUUAAAGAGAUGCUUUUGUACGUUUUAUUUAAAAAAGAAUAAAGCUAGAUCUCACCCUAUACCAAAACCUUUACAAAUAAACGUAAGCACAGAAACGAUGGCUCAUGAUUUUAAAACACAGCCUUUGCAAAAAUUGUUACCCUAUGAGUGUGAACCGAAUUUUUGUGUGCCUUACGAAUGUGAUCCAUUAGAAUGUUUGGAGCACAUUAAGGCUAGGCAAAGGCACCAGAAAGAUUAUGGAACCUCAACAAAUUAUUUGCAGAAAAAUAGAAUAGGCACUUCUAUGGAUAUGCCUCACACUAAAAAUAAAAGAUUACAGUGGAAAUCUCUUGGUCACAUCCAGAAUAAAGGAAGAUAUAAACAGCCUUUAACUUCCGAUCCAGCUAAACAAGUUGUAAGGAUAGGAUCGAAUUUUAGUUUUAAUUUAGAGUUCUACAAACAGAAGGGAUCAGGUGGUUUUGAGAAUAACAUUUCAGAACAUAACAAACCUAUGAUCCAAAAAAGACGACCUUUACAUUUAGCUCAAACACAAAAAGUUAAUAGAUAUGUAAAUAACAGGCACAACGGAUAUAGAACGAUGCGUAGUCAUGGAAAUCAGUCACCUCACGUAGGACGAGAAUCAAAAGGUUCGGGUAUAGAACCUUUUCUUAAAAGGUGCUUUUGUACAUUAAAACUUCAGAAAAAAGCAGGUCAAAGAAAUCAAUACUUUAUGCCUGAUGGUACAAAAAACAAUGUUAUAGGGGAAACUAAGCCUCGAUCGUUAACUUUCGACAAGGGUACUAUCACAAAAAGAUAUAGAAAUUACCCAAAGCUUAGUAAAUACGAGUGCGAACCAAAUACUUGUAUACCCGGUGAAUGUGAUCCAUAUGAAUGUCUGAAAAGAAUUAAGGAAAGGAAUUUGUAUUCCCGAGGUAUGACUACACAGAUGAUGAACAGUUAUUGUUCAAGGGGUAUUUGUACAGAUUUAGCAAACUUGAAAUCAAAAAAAUUACAAUCAAAUCGAUUUGGCGACAUAGUCAAUGUCACACGAAACCCCAAUGUUGUCGAAAUACCAAGAUUCGAAAAUAUUUUUAAUCCACAAGCUGUAAAAAUUGGAUCCAAUAUCAGCUUUAAUAUAGAAUUUUAUAAAGAACAAUUACCUCCAAAUUUUGAAACGAAAGUAAAAGGUGAUAAAAUUUAUGAAAAACAUUAUGAAGCAAAGGAAAAGAUUCCUCGAAUAAAAUACAAUACCAAUGCAGUUACGGCUUGUCCAAGGGGUAUAUGUCUUAGUAAAGGCUCUCAAGGAUAUCGCGUUCCAACUGAUAACAAGGCUGUAGAAAUAGGCAAUGCAUUAAAAAGAUGUUUUUGUACUCUAAAAUUACAAAAAGAAUUAAAUUCUAACAGGACCAACACAAAUAAUCAAAAUGUUCCAUUUCCACAAACGUUUGAAGUAAGAAGAGUUGGUGUUCAAAAUAAAAAAAAUGUAACAAAACCUUUAAAUGAGGUUAAUUCUGUCGGGACAAACACGAAAGCCAAAUAUCUAAAAAAAGGUAAUCAAGAAAUGGAAGUCAUUCAUCCAUAUUCUCCUAAAAAAUUUAACAAGACCAAAAGUAAAACUAAAUUUGAUAAACCCGAAAUUGACAGAAAAGUAACACCGAAAAAAAGUAAUAUAAAAAGUCGAGGAAAAAGAUUAACUAAAAAGAAAAGCAAAAGAGCUCUAAGUCAAAGUGGGACCCCAUCAAAACAAAGUAUGUCAAAAUUAAAAAAGUUCAUGUGUAUAUGUGCACAAAUAUUUACAAAUAAGAGCAGCUCAGAAAAACAAGAUAUUACAAACAAAAAGCUUAGUCAGAAAAAUCAGACAGUAAAUUCUGCAAUGAAAAAAAAUACAAAGGUGGGCGAAAAGACAACUAUCGAAGAUAAUUUACAUUCUCAAAACGAUAAUAUCGUAAAAUGUCACGAUACUUGUGCCCAUUAUGUGAAUCAUCCAGUUGCAGAUAAUGCACAAUUAAAUCCUACGAUAUCAAUAAAAAUGAAAAAGAAACAUAAACAUUUUCAAAUUCACCAAAAUAAACUGUCAAAAAAUGCACAAAGUAAAUCUGAACACCAGAAAGAUAAAUCGAAGGAAUUUAAUGAAAAUUCUAUAGCGAAAAAUGAAAAUUAUAAUUCCCUUUGUCCACAUUGCGAGAAUGUUAAAAUGAAAAAACAGCGGUCACAACCUUUGAAAGUACAUUUCGAGGAUUCCCCGAUAGUCGAAAAGAAAGAUUUGGGAGGGAAAAUGAAAAAUAAAGAUGGCUUAACGCAUUUGAAUAAAAGUGUAGAUCAAAUUGACAAACACAAAAAAAAUUAUAAGAAUAAAAAAAUACGAGUUGAAGUACCUGCAAGAAAGACACCUCAGUACUGCAAAUUUUGCACAACUUGCGGAACGAAACUAAAUAAUGAGGAAAUUCAGAAAGCAUCGGGAGAUCAAAGGAGUGUUAAAAAUUACAAUAAAGAUAAAGAUAUGAAUCAAUCUGCUGGUGACAAAAUGAGCUCUACCAGUGAUAAAAUCAGAAACUUGUUUAAUUUGAACCAGUCAGUCGAUAAUAUAUGUAGUGCUAAAGGACCAGAACCUCCCUUAUUCGAAAUUCAGUUAGAUUCAGAUGACUGCGCUAUAUUGAACAAAGAUGAAAUUAUUGAUAAAGUCAGAAUCCACAGCAAAAAAACUACAAGGGAGAUGAAAGGAAAAUCCUCAGUAAAAGGACAUAGCAAGUCCUGUAGUUGUUGCAUAUGUGUAGCAAAGAGAAAUAAGAUUGCGACUGCUGUCUCUGUUGCAGGCAAAACAUCUAAACCCACAGGGAAGCCAUGUGUAUGUGGAAGUAUGGUUUGUGCUGAAAAAUUAGAAAAAAUGAAAGAUUACAAGCCUACGAUAUCAACUUUCAGGCACGUAAAACCAUGCGACUGUGGCAGUCCAGUUUGUGCUCGGGAAUCUGUUAAGAUGAGUUCAAUAAGUAAAACCGAUCACGUGACCUGUGUAUGUGAAGACGAAUAUAAAAAACAGAAGACAAAACGAAAACUGAAAGAAAACAGACUAACACUUAAACAACGUGCUUUACGUCUUAAAAUAUAUGACAAGGAAGAUAAAAUUCGUUUUGCCAAACGAAGGAAAGAGGAAAUAUCAAUGGAAAAAAAAAUUAAUAAAAACGCUAGUGACCCGAUUCUAUUUGCAGAAUCUGUUUUAGACGUUGGCAAGCUCGGUGUUACAGCCGUUACAGAUAUUUUCAGGUUGUUUGUGAGAACGGCUGUGGAUCCGAAACAUGCCUACCAGAAGCUUAAAGAUAUGAAAAAUGAUCCAUCUCUUAUGGCUAAAUAUUUAAAAUCAGGUAUACAAGGUAGUGGUGUUGUGUCUACAGCUAGACGGAUACGUUUAAGGUGUCUGGCAAUGAGAGGUGUUAAAAGAGUUAGAAGUAUUUUAGAAAGUUAUCCAAUAACAAAUUAUUUAUUAUACAUUGCUUCUAAAGACCCCAGAAAACGGUUACCUAAAAGAAAACCAAUGAAAAGGGAACAAAUAGACUUUAGUUGCAGUUUAUACAUGGCCUCACUGAGGAAGAGGCCUUUCCUGAGUGUUUAUAAUAAGUAUCCAUGGUUCUAUCCACAUUUCUUGUCCCUUUUAAACGUUUGGAGACAGUUUAUAGAUAUAGCGUUGUUUCUACUCGCAGUUGUAGUAUGGAGCCCCUGUAUCUUAUGCAUGGAAGCAUGCCGAGCCAUAAUGUGUUGCUUUUUCUGUACUGGUUAAAGUACCGUAUAAAUUUCUGUUACUAAUAAAGUUUUUUUUUUAAAUUUA